UUACUGAUUCCAGUGGUGUCCCCUUCUGGACCCUGGCGGUCGGCCCCUCAUCCCUCAAUCUAUUUGGGGUAGGGCUGAGACUACUAAGUCCAAGAUGAUCAGUCACCGUCCGCUCUCGGGUCCAAAAGGCACAUCCAAGGAAUCCCACUCUUCUGACACCAAAUUUUUGUGGCAAUAAAUCAACAGACUCUCACUGUAUAAGAGACAAACUCAUCCAAUUGUCUUUCGAAAGUUUUAUUUCUUGCAAGAAAGGUCAAACAGUCAACAGAAACACAAGUAGCUGCAGUGUGUACAAAGAACGAAAGCUUCCCCUUACUUUCAUAUCUCUAACCUCCAAGGCUGAAGCCUCUGUCCUUUUACCAUUUUAGGAACAUGUUUACCACUUCUGUGUUUUUCCCCUUGUCACCCAAAGAAUGCAUACUUAAGCACUUCUGAGAAAAACUAAAUCAUUUAACCAUAAGCAUAUAAUUAAAAUCAUAUGGAAAUUAAACCGAAGCUCAACAUUUCCCCCACAAAGUAACUAGUAACUACAAUUUUUUUCAUUGGAUACUUUUUACUCUUACUCAAAAAAAAAAAAAACCCAAGGUGGGGGGAUAUUAUCGAUAUUAUUGAUUUUUAUUUUUAUAGGAUAUCACGUUCAUGACCACAUUUGGCAAAAGCAGAACACUUUCAGAGCAGUUAGGUUCACUUGAAGUAACAACAACUAAUAUUCUCACGUUUAACUCCAGCAGACUGAAUGUCAUCUUACGGCAAUAUGAACAUUCCCUCCUUUACACAUGGGAUGGACAGAGAAGAUGAAGAAGAGAUGGAUAUCUAUGCUAAUGCUGAUCCUAUAAACAGUUUUGAUGUCAGGACAGAAACGGAAAAACUCCAAGAGACACCAAACUCCUCAACACACAGAAAUGGCUAGUGUGAAGAUCAGAAGCUCCAGAGCAGCUGCAGUGUGUUUGGUGCUGCUGUGUGUUCUUCUGCUGACUGCAGUCAUAGUGCUGGGUGUCCACAUCCAUACAAAGAGCACCAACUACACAGAAGAGGGAGCUCAGCUACUAACCAAGAUCACCAACAUCACAGAAGAGAGAGACCAGCUACUAACCAAGAUAACCAACAUCACAGAAGAGAGAGACCAGCUACUAACCAAGAUAACCAACAUCGCAGGAGAGAGAGACCAGCUACUAAUCAAUAUCACCAACCUCACAGAAGAGAGAGACCAGCUACUAACCAAGAUAACCAACAUCGCAGGAGAGAGAGACCAGCUACUAAUCAAGAUAACCAACAUCGCAGGAGAGAGAGACCAGCUACUAAUCAAUAUCACCAACCUCACAGAAGAGAGAGACCAGCUACUAACCAAUAUAACCAACAUCACAGAAGAGAGAGACCAGCUACUAACCAAGAUAACCAACAUCACAGAAGAGAGAGACCAGCUACUAACCAAGAUAACCAACAUCGCAGGAGAGAGAGACCAGCUACUAAUCAAUAUCACCAACCUCACAGAAGAGAGAGACCAGCUACUAACUAAGAGCAUCCAAUUGACUAAAGAGAGAGAUGUAUUGAUUCUACAAAGAGAACAGUCUAAAUGUCUUUGUGAAAAGGUUUGGAAGAUCAGUGUGAUGGAAAAUAGAGUGCUAAUAGUUGUACUGGUUGUGUUUACAGUUGGAUGGACGAGGUAUAAAUCCAGUUAUUAUUAUGUUUCCUCUGAGAAGAGGAGCUGGACUGAGAGCAGAAGAUAUUGUACAGACAGAGAAGCAGAUCUGAUCAUCAUAAACAACAAUGAAGAACAAGAUUUCAUUCAAAGAAUAUCUGGUGGUGCUGCAGUCUGGAUUGGUCUGACUGACAGUGAUGUGGAGGGCACAUGGAGAUGGGUUGAUGGUAGCAGACUGACCUCUGGGUGAGAAAUCACUGAAUAGAACUUAUUUUUAAAAAAAUGAUUCUCACAGAUAGUAUCAUACCACAGCACUACACAUCUAAUGCUGACAUAUUGAUGCAGGUUCUGGGAUCCUCGAGAGCCCAAUGGAGAUAGACGAGAAAACUGUGUUCUAAAUUAUUCACCAGGAUGGGCUGAUUACUCAUGCAGUGAUACUCAUUAUUGGAUCUGUAUGUGCAUUGUAAAAUAAGUUAUGAACUGCAGCUUUAUGUAAUAAAAAUAAAAGAGAAAUAGAAAGCAAGGAAUUAUUAAGAAAACAUGCACAGUGUGAAGCAAUUGCAGCCAGUAUUCUCUUUCUUUAGUAUUUGUAUUGUACUUUUAAAAAUUAAAUCAGAUCAACUUUUUUCCAUUGUUAUAUGAAAGCCACAAGAGUCUACCUAACGUUGUCUGUUUGGGCUAAUUGAGAAAAUGAUUAGCACCUGUUUGGUCCUUUAUAAAAAGGAAGCGUGCAAGAGUGUUGAAAUUGUUUGCUUCCAUUUAGCUUGUUUGGUUUUUGUUCGUGUUUACUUACUUUGCCUUUGUUACUUUGUAUUUGGUUCUGUCUAAUAUUUUAACAUCAUGUGUCAGACAGAGAUUGGGGUUAUUUUUGUAAGUAAUUUUCUGUUUUAUAAGAGUUUUUAUGA